AUGUCCGCACCGUCAUCUCCACAUUCUGAGUCUUCAGCGCUCACAGAAUUCGAAUUCGUUGUUGACCCUAACGUCGUGAAGAUGCUGGUUAAGAUCCUCACUUGCUGCCAUGGCAUACUUCAUUACCACCCGCAGACCAGAGAACUGACAAUGUUUCAAUGGCCGACCAACCGAUAUGGGCAGAAGAUCCACCCUUCACGAUUUGAGGCUUAUCGCGAGGCACAUAGAUAUGUGGAGGCAUCUGUAUUUCAGCGCACCGCUGGGAUAUGCCAAGGGGAAUAUAUGGCAGAAUGCGCCACCAGCACUUGCGGGUACAUGCUGAAUAUCGAGAAAUAUUUUGGGAGAGCCUGCGUACCUGCAGUGUAUUAUCCUCGCAGAGAGGUCGCCAAUCGUGCUGAACGCUAUCGCCGCAUGCGAACAAACCCAUAUGGGUCCAUAGGAUGUAUAGCGGCAUUGGGAGAGAUGCAGUAG